CCGCGAUUGGCCGCCUCCGGCCCGGGGCCGGCCCGGCCGGGGAUAUCACAUGGCGCGCCGGGCCCGGCCCCGCACAGGCGGGCCAUGGAGGCGCAGCGGGGCUUCUCCGAGGAGCAGUUCCAGGCCGCCUGCCGGGAGCUGAGCCAGCCGGCGCCGGCGGCAGGGGGAGCCUGGCAGCUCCUGGUGGAGACUAUGGGCAUCAGUAUCUACCGGCUCUACGACGAGCAAUCAGGACUUUAUGAAUAUAAAAUCUUUGGUGGCCUUGCCGAUUGUCCCCCAGAGUUGCUUGCAGAUGUCUAUAUGGAUUUAGACUACAGAAAACAAUGGGAUCAAUAUGUUAAAGAGCUGAGUGAGAAGAUUUAUGAUGGGAAGAGAAUAAUCUACUGGGAAGUGAAGUACCCUUUCCCUUUGUCAAACAGAGAUUAUGUGUAUAUUCGUGAACGUCGUGAUAUGGAGGUUGAUGGGCAGAAGGUCUGGGUUAUGCUGGCUAAAAGUGUGUCUCUUCCUCAGUGUCCAGAAAAAUCUGGGAUUAUCAGAGUAAAUAGUUACGUGCAAAGUCUGGUGCUUGAGAGUGAUGGCAAGACUGGAUCCAAAGUUUACAUGUAUUACUUUGACAAUCCUGGUGGCAUGAUUCCGUCAUGGCUCAUUAACUGGGCAGCCAAGAGUGGAGUACCUGCUUUCCUCAAAGACCUGCAGAAGGCUUGCCUUAAUUAUUGCAAGAAAACCUGAGUUGCUGCUUCGAGUCUCUCUCUCUCUGAAUUGUUUGAUUUGAUUCCCAAAAUUGGAUGCUUCCAAGGACUACUAUUGUGAAAAAAUUGUUGUUGGAUGAAAUUACCUCCUGAGAUCAUCUACUCCAUUAUAGUUAGGUUCCAUUGGCAUAUGCCUUCAAAGUUGUUGAGCCUUUAUUUUUUCAUUUGCCAUCUGUUGUGCUCUUCAGCUAGAUAGCUGGCCAUCCUUGCUUCAACUGCUGAUGCAAUUAUUACCUGCUUUUCAAAUGGUUUCCUUCCUUUUUAUCCCAUUUCCCUCCUGCUCAUAUUCUGUAUGCUUUCUACCAUAGGUCCAUUAGGGGAACUCUAGCUUAUGUUAAAUCUUCAACAGAGAGUAGAGCCUGUUAUUCCUUGUUGGAGGAGAAUACUCUAAAAUGGCAGCUUUUUAAAGUAAAUUUUGAUUCUUGUGGUGAAUCAGGUCUCUGUACACAUUAGGUAACCAGUUCUGGCAGGUGUUGCCUUGCUAAUAAAGUCCUUCUGCCAAAACUGGAUGCCUCUUGAAGGUGCUCUCAAGUCUAAUGCAGUGGAUACUUUCCAUGAUCUUAAGUAUGUGUCUUUAUCCCUCCUUUUCCUAAAUUUUAUCCUGUAUUUAUUCGGAGCUGAGAUUCUUUGAUCAGAAAUGUCUGGCCAGUAACCAGGAUGUGCACGUGGAGGAUAUUUGCUAUGUGUUGAUAAAUAAUCUGCAGCCCGCACUGGGACUCCUGCUAUUACAGGGUAUAAUUAAGAGUUUUGCUAUGAUCAAGUCUUUCAAUUGCAUUUAAACAGGCAUUUGGCUAAGUCCCAAUACUGGCAUCUUUGCAUCUAUCAUGUCUAAUAGUUUGUACUUUUUGACACAUCCACUUAGUUGAGGGGAGGCUGGAAGAGAUGUUCAUGUAAUAAGUAAAGUUAUGAUGAAAUAAGACCGAAUGAGUCAGUUCCUUGUUCUGCUCUAAUGAAAACCAAUUAGCGUACUAAAAGCCUAUCAAGCCCUUACGUGGAAGAGUUCUGUGAGGAAACGCCGCUCAGAUAUCAACUAUAACUUAAAAUCCUUUUAGGACUGUCCCAAUAUCAGACGUUAUCAGGGGAUCUCCUAAAUGUCAUGCUGGGGACUAAUGUUAAGGUUCUGCUUCCUCAUUCUUGAUCCUGACAUGGAGAUCAAUGGCUGGCUUAAGGCUGGCUCUGAUACACGGAGAGAAGGCCAAGAACCAAACUUUCCAGCUGAUACUAUAACAUUAGAAAUCCCAGUAAAAGAGGAAAAAAAUCACAUGCAGCACCUCCAUGUGGGUGUGUCUGUGUGGGGAGAAUAUGGAGGGAAAACACUUUCACAAAGGUGAUGAUCUCAGGGACAUAGCCCAUGCUGUUAAUGUAGCCAGACGCACAGCCUUCGGUGUAAUGGCAAAGCUUCUCCGUAACUAACCAGACCUAUCAGCAUUUCUGUAUAUAAAAGUCAUGAUAUAAGUUAUUUGCCUUUAUACCUUGUGUGCUCUGAAUGGUAGUUGGUUGAUGAAUUAAAAACGAAACCUUGCAAUUA